AGUCUCCUUUUAAUCUCAUUGCUGUCCAGGAGAAACAACCGAGAUACUAAGUGAUCUCAUUUGUGAUUUUUCUCACCGAAACAUGAACCAGUAAAUACGAAACGCACUGGCAGGUUGAGUCAAACCUACCCAAGUGACCUGUAAUACCCUCAACGUUUCUAAACACGACCGCAUGUUUCUCAGUACCGAAGGAACUGGUUUAACUUGUCGGUUACUAGGGGCCAUGUAGAGUAGGUUUUUCUAGUGUUGCGAGCUGAGAAGGAGUUUCAUUGCAUCCACGUCUCAGAGCUGUGAGAGCUCAGAGCUUGUCUUUUCCCUGAAGUCUGGGUGUGUUUAUGUGUAAUUUAUUGUUUCCUGUGAAAAGGGCGAGGUGAGCUGUCCAACUCUGAACUGCUCAGUGAAUCAAAGGGAUCUUGAGAUCUUCAGAGGGUUUUGUGGUUAGGGGACGCGAAGAAAAGCAACAGGAAUUGUGAUAUGACAAAAACAUGUCAGCCCGCUUGAAGGGAUUCGCUCUGAAUUCUCGACGUGGGAAGGUUUCUCAAGCAGCUCCUGCUGGUGAACACAGAGAUGGCCAUGGUGAGCGGGGGAUGGGCCAACCCCAAUGGCGGCGCUAAUGGACUCGGUGAGAAAGGUUACCUGCGGGGGGAGGAGGAGAGCAGCUCGCCCCGGGCGGGGAACAGCGACGCAGAAGGUGGCGAGGAGGACAAGGCCUGUGUGGUGGACUGCGUGGUGUGUGGCGACAAAUCCAGCGGCAAGCACUAUGGUGUGUUCACCUGUGAAGGGUGCAAGAGUUUCUUUAAGAGGAGCAUCAGACGGAACCUCAACUACACCUGCAGGUCAAACAGAGAGUGUCAGAUUGAUCAGCACCACCGUAACCAGUGUCAGUACUGCCGUCUGAAGAAGUGUUUCCGGGUCGGUAUGAGGAAAGAAGCAGUUCAGCGUGGUCGAAUCCCUCCCUCUCAUGCAGGCAUCAGUCCAGCCUCCAUGGUUGGUGUGGGUGGUGAUGUUGGAGGAGGUCAAGGCAUGGGUGCUGAAUUCUUCAAUGGUCAGCCGGUGUCUGAACUCAUCUCUCAGCUGCUGAGAGCAGAGCCGUACCCCAACAGCCGCUACGGAGCCCAGUGCGGCCAGCAGCUCGCAGGAGGCAACAGCUCCGUCAUGGGCAUCGACAAUAUAUGUGAGUUGGCGGCCCGGCUGCUCUUCAGUACCAUCGAAUGGGUGCGGAAUAUUCCCUACUUUCCUGACCUGCCCGUGUCGGAGCAGGUGGCCCUUCUGAGGCUCAGCUGGAGUGAACUGUUCAUCUUGAAUGCAGCUCAGUCGGCUCUGCCGCUGCAUACGGCCCCUCUGCUGGCAGCUGCUGGUUUUCAUUCCUCCCCCAUGCCCGCUGACCGCGUCGUGUCCUUCAUGGACCAGGUGCGGGUCUUCCAGGAUCAGGUGGACAAGCUGACACGACUGCAGGUGGAUUCGGCCGAAUACAGUUGUCUGAAAGCCAUCGCUCUGUUCUCACCAGGUGAGAGUUAA